UCGUGUCCCAAAAAUUCUCCCGUUUUUAGGCGAAACAGAUAUUUCGAAAAUAGGUUGCGUUAUUCUGUUGAGCUGAUUUGUUUAAAAUACACAGAAUUCUUGAGUUUUAAAAUUACGAGAAGUAUUAUGUCGCCAAAUUUCAUUCGCUUGGCGAUAAGAAAUCAUUCUGGCGAUGUAUGGAGCUGAGAAGGGUGAAGGAUUCUAGAACAUGAAAAUGAUUAGCUUAACUCAUCCCCAACCCCAGCCCCCUCCCAUGAUCAGAGAGGGUGGUCGUCAGCAAACGAUCUCAGCCAGCCCUCAGUUCUUCCGCAGUCGUCCUUCAGGAUUGGUUAGGGCCCUUCCCGCCCGCUUUCGUCUGUAGGAGUCACGUGGUUUUCCUGCAUCCCUGCUAGGAGGAGACCCACUGAGGAAAAACACGGGGGAUAAGUAUGCGAGUAUGACAUCGUGCCGACUAAGACAGUGGGUAACACUGCUUCUGCUCACGGCGGCCACGUCGAGCGAAUCUCGUAGACCAGCCUGGCUGCGCGCCAACAAAUAUGAUUUCGUUUGCACUCGAGUCCUGCCCGAUGGCGAAGUGGAAAGAAGAAUCCACAAAGGACACGUGUCGACCAUCGAGACUACCGUGGAAUUGGUACCUAUUCCAAGCGAAUCUACCUCGCCUGCUGUCCACGAGUUUCAAGUUCUCACCCUCCUUCAGGUGACAGACGGGCGACAUUUUAUUCAACUGAUCUACGACUCCGGAUGGGAGUUGAGAGAUUGCGAAUAUCUUAAGUCGGCUCGAGCAGUCGACGAAUUUUACGAGUACUUCGCGGCGGACAUCGAUUGUCCUCACCAGAAAGCCUGGAACGAGUCCAGGAUUCUUCCAGAAGAGGAUGACAACUUCACGAGCUCCAAACCGGAUGUUACGGACUACGGGUCCUUGCGUAGGGAAUGCCGGACCCUGCACAAAAGAGUCCGAGAAUUAGCUCAGCAUCACAGCCACAGCAGCAUCCAGCGUCUGAAGAGGGAGCUCUUUCUGUAUCCAGGCACCAACUGGUGCGGAUCCGGGAGCAAUGCGAGGAAAUUCAACGAGCUAGGCUACAAUGCUGCAGCGGAUCGCUGUUGCAGGGAUCACGACCAUUGCCCUUACACUAUUGAAGGAUUCACCAGGAAAUUCAACUUCUUCAACUUCAGGUUUCAUACGAUCAGCCACUGUGACUGCGACGAAAGAUUCCGAGCUUGUUUGAAACUAUCCAGCACUGCCGCGGGAAACAUGGUGGGUAAGCUGUUCUUCAACGUAGUGCAGACGAAAUGUUUCCUCUUCAAGUACGUGAAAAAAUGUGCCAAGAGAUCUUGGUGGGGUAAAUGCCUGAAAUACGAGAAAGAGAAAGCGGCUGUACUCAGAGAUGCUUUAAAGUACUGAAGAAUAUACUAGAAUGCCAAGCAAAGAGGCUCUUUUGUAAUGCAAAAGAACAUUAGCGACAAGUCCUGAUUGACGAUUGCACUAAAGCAAAUAUUUCAAGAGAAUACUUAUGUUGUAAAAUUUCUAAGAUUUUUAUCUUUUCAGUUAGAUGUUUUAAGUUUAUCAAUAUUUUCUAUUUAGAUUGGAGAACUGAGAUCGUCACUCAAUAAGAAGCUAUUCUCUGGACUAUACGCCUUUACUCCUAAUAUCGCAUGUUAUCAUUGUACCUAUUACUUAUUCCUUAAUACUGUUUUACUUGUUGUCCCAUGUAAUUUUUAAUUAUAUAUUUUUUUUUCAUAUUUCACAAUCAAAAAGUACCCAUGCUUUAAUUGAAAAAAAUUAAGACCACCUUUUGAAAUGGAAAGCUAUGUUAGCAUUGUUAACUAAGAUUAAAAAAGUAUGAAAUAUUCGAAAUUAUAUACAUUAUUUGGGUUGCUUUUGUAAUGUGAGUGAUUGAAAAGUAUAUCGGUUUUAAUUUUUAAAAAUUCAAUAAAUUUUAUAUUACCUAUAAAUAAUGUGAAAUUCCUUCAUUACAUUAUGAUUAAUAUUAAAAUGAUAUCUGAUUACUUUUAAAUUAUAUUCUUAAUUUGAUUAAUUUCAUUUAAUCAUAAGUUAUUUUUUCUGCGAAAUUACCACAAAGUCCACUGAAGAAAGAUUAAUUUAUUAUCUAAAUUUUCAGUUAUAAUUUUAUGUAAAGAUUAUUUUAGUUUGCAGUUUCCAAUUUGAGAUUGAAAUAUGCUGAAAUUUUAAUAAACUGAAAAACUAGAAACAAAUUACAUGCAUUAUUAGAGGAGUCAAACAACAAGAACCAGCGUAAUAUUUGUAAAUUUUGCAAGAUUAGUUUCGAUGGUUCUAUAGUUAAACCAUCAAAACUAGUCUUGCAAAAUUUGCAAAUAUUACGUGGAUUCUUAUUGUUCGACUUUUUCAAUAAUCAUUAUUCGGCUAUUAUUUUAACCCAAGUUACAUACAUUUUACAUUUAAAAUUUUAGCUUGGUUUCGAUAGAUAUUCAGAUGUCUUUUUCAGAAGUUAACAAUUUGGAAACAUUUUCUUUUAGCUGAAAAUUUUCUUCUACAAGCAUUAUAUGUACUAAGAUUUUCGUAUAAGACAUUAUAGGGAAAAUAAAUAAAUCUCUAAUUUAAAUGUCAGAUUGUAGAUUAAAAGUCUUCCUUUUUUAUGUAGUUUUUAAUUAUAAGGGAUUUAUUGCAUUAGCUAAAAUGUAUUAGUUUAAACCUGUAAGUUUUCCACGGAAUUUUCUAGAUUAUUUUCAGAAGUAUGAAAACUGCCGAGAGGUACAGGAUUUGAUUGAACCACAUAAAUUUAAUGAAAAAUCUUUUGGAAAGUAUUUAUUAUGUUUGUAUUCAAAGAUUAUGUAAAAUGAAUGUAAAUUAUGCAGCAUUUCUAUAAAUUUGGACAGAAAGUAACUGGUAGUAAAGAAAAAGGUAAGAGAAAACAUUAUAUUUAAUGUAUUAAUUUCCUAUGUCCUUUUAUUUUUAAUGUAUUAGUCUCACAAAUAUCGCACAAUGUUUCAUUUCGCUUAAACAUUUUUCUAAUGAGAAAUGAAUUUUUUGGUUUAAAAUAAUUACUGGGUUAAAUUAAUUUUGAUUAACAAGUAAAUAUAAACAUUUGAGCAAAGGAAAGUAGUAUGUAAACUUAUGUUUUCUUCUUUUUCUUUUUUUAAAUACAGCAAAAGCAAUUUUGCAGUAAAAUUUAUUGAAUUUUUAAAGGGAAGAUAUUUUAAUAAUCUUAAGUUAUUAAUUUUGUAAUAUAUUUCAGAAUUUUGAUUAGUAAUAUUGAUAUUACUAAAUGGAAGGGCAAUAGAUUUAGAAAUAUUUUUACUCAGCUGUUUAAAUUGUUUCAGAUUCAAGUUACCUCACGCUUAAUUCUGCACUGUAUUUCUAAAUUUUUAUUAUGUUAAUUAUUUCUAUGUUUUUCUAUUUUGUUAAAAUUUCAUAGAAUUUUUAAUUUUAACGAGAUAGCUGUAUAAAAAAGACAUUAAAUCAUCUUUACAAAUUAAAUCAAAUUAUAUGAGAAAAAUUAACAUUGUAAGAUAAGUAACAUUGUUGUUUUAUCAAAUAAAACGAACGAAUGGGAAACAAAUAUGCAUUUUAAAAAAUCAUCAAUAUGAAGACUUAACAAAUCCCCAUUAACUAAAUAAAAAUCUUUAUUAAUAAAAAAGGGAGGCGGAGGUUUAUUUCUUUUUUAUUAAAAGCUGUGCCACAGAAUUUAUAACAUAUUUCUAACUGAUUUUGAAUUUUUUAAGUUGUAAAGCUCCAAAGGUAUAAUAUUAUUCUGCUACGAUAUCGUCAUAUUUUAAAAUAUCUUUUGAUCUUUCCUACCACGACUACCUUCUUCAGUACAAUGAAAUAACUUCAUGCGGUCUCACGUUACUUGCAACUGAGUAGAGGAAGCUACUUCUCGAAAUUGCAAAAUACUAAAUAUUCUUAUGUGGAAAAUAUUUAAUUUUAAUUAUAAAAAAUAAAUUUAAUCGAUUAAAUUUGCAAUUAUUUUUGUGAAUAUUUACCUUCAGUGACGUCUAAGUAAAAUUUAAAUUUAGUUUAUUUUUAAAAAAAGACACUAUAAUAUUUAUUCUAUAGCCUGAAUGUCCAACAUAACGGAUUUCUUUUUUUAACCAAAAAGCGUAAAAGUUUUGAUAAAUUAACAAGUCAAUUGUAAUUGACGUUUGUAGUCUUGUAUAAAUGCAUUAAUGUAGCUUGUGCAGGCCAUCCACUUUUAAUUCAUAUCGUGUACAAAAGUGUUGAAGAAUUACACACAAUUUUAUCGCACAAAAUCGAAUUUUUGUUUGCUCGGCGAAGAAUGUCACUUGCGAGCGUUUCCUAUCAGAAAAGUCCCUCUUGUGCAUCCUCUGUAUGGAUUAGGCUGUGUUGUUUGUCCUGCCUGAUGCAGGCUGGAAGAAUGAUAUGUCUUCUCAGUGUUCAUUUGCUGUCGUAAGAAGAAAAAUUGUUGUAGAAUAUAAACAGAUGUAGAUUAAUUGUUUACCGUUUAUUGUAAUUACUAUGUACAGUGCGUGCUUAUAAUGUCAGAUAUGUGUGUAUGCUGUUAGUUCUAUUUAGUAAUAAAGAAACGUUCCUAGUGUG